CCAGCCAGCAAAUCCUACAUGGCCGAGCUCUGCAGUCUGAUAUUUUGUAACAAGACAACAUAAUAUGCUUUAACUUGUACCGCAGAUCGCACGCACAAAAUGCAAGACGAACAGCACCAUCCGCUGGUCGAUGCGCUUCGCUCGAUCGGCACUGCAGCGCUGGACGGGCUAUAUAGCUCCUUAUGUGCAGCGGGCUGCGUCGGCUCCGUUCGCCUGGCCUGCUCCGGACUUCGGCGCCUGAUCGACAGCUCCGUGCACGAGGUGCGCUUUGCAUACCCGGUGGAGCUGCCUGUGGACCAGUGGCCCUCGCUCUCAACCUGGCCCCGAUGUGAGCGGCUGGCUGUGACGGAGCGGGACGAAGACGACGCCGGGUACUUCACCUUUAGGGAGCUGCAGGAGGUGGUGGAGGGUGUGCAGGUGUGGCUGCUCAACCAGCCGGCCGCAUCCCUGGCGCGCAUUCGCGAGUUGAGGCUCGACCUGUGGGCGGAACCGGAAGGCGAGGACAGCAGGCGCUUCGUCUCUGCGCCAUUCAUCGCGCUACUGGCGCGGCUGCUGCCAAACCUCCAGGCAUUGGAUAUGGAGGCGACGUCGAUUGGGCACAUGCCGUGCUGCCAGGCAGAGCUGAGGGCGCUAGUGCUCGGCGGACUCGCGCGCAUGUCGCAGCUCGAGAAACUCGCCCUGCCUUGCACCAAACCGCUGGCGCUGCUGCUUCAGCACUAUCAGCAACAGCAGCAACAGCAGCAGCAGCCGGGCAGCUCCCUUUUCCCCAGGCUGCGCGAGCUGUCUAUCAGACAGGGGAGCUGUUGUGAUGCCUCCGCUGUGGGCACAAUUGCAUCAGGCAUUGCAUCAAUCAGCGGGCUACAGAUUCUUGUCCUGGAUGAGUGCUUGCCACACCAGGACGCAGCCAGCCUAUUCAUGCUCCUUGACUGCCUGCCGCCGAGCCUGUCCACCUUCCGGAUACACAACCACAUCUCAAAAGGGUCGUGGGACUGUGGCCGCUUGGAGAUGGAGCUGACGUUUGAGGCCGGGCAGCUCCGCGACGUUUGCUGCGGGAGUCAGCACCCAGGCUACCGCAGCCUAGCGCUGCUCGCCAGGGACGUACUGCUGCCGCUCAUGCGGCGCGGCGCCAGCCGCUGCGGCGGCGGCGACACCAGUGGCACAAGCGGCACAAGCGGCAGCAGCACAAUGCGGCCGCUGCGGCUCCUGCACCUCGAGACACUGUCACUGCGGACGCACCGCAGCCUGCCUGUCCCGGUGGCGCCGCUGGAGGGGAGUGAGCUGGCCGCGAUGCGGGAGCUGGUGCGGGGCUGCUCCCAGGUGGUUGUGGACACCCUGAGGUUGUCUCUGGACAUGCCAGAGCCGGCCGCGCUUCAGGCGAUGGAGGUGCUCGGCCUGCCGGGAAGUCUUGAGGUGAACGCCUUGCCAGAGUGCGACAGCACCUUCUCGGGGUACUGCCUGCGAGUGCGUGUUUCGCCGCCACCUCCGUCUUGGCCUCAGGACCGGGGGCCGGGCGAGCAGCUCCCAGGAGUGCGGCAGCAGCCGCAACUGCAGCAACAGCAGCCGCAGCACCAGCAGCAGCCGCAGCAGCACCCGCCGGUCAUAGGAAUGCCGCCUGAGGUCGUGCUUUCGCGAGCUGUGCAGCUGCUGCUGGCGCUGCCUCCCCUGCCCGCCGCCGCUGCAGCGUCAGCGUCAACGGUAUCAGCAGCGGCUGGCGGUCCUCCGCUCGCCCCAGCACUGGAAGCUGCUGAACUUGACGGCGUACGCCCACAGCAGAUGCUGGUGCUGCGAGGGCCGCUGGUCGCGGGGCUUGCGAUGGCGCCGCAGGCUCUGUCGGGCUGGCUGGAAUGGCUCGGCGAGCAAGCCGCGGCGGCCGUGGCCGCUGGGGCGGCGGACGGCGGCGCAUGGGCGGAUGACGACGCGUCCGAGGGCGAGGCGAUCUGUAGAUGCCAAGUGGUGCCGAGUGUGCCGGCGCUGCUGCUGCAGAUGCAUGGCCAGGCGGGCGGUUUUGCGGCGCUGCAUUCUGUGGUCCGCAAAGUGGCGCCUGCGACUCAGCUGGACGUGGUUGCGGUGGAGACGUCGGAGCGACUGCAGGAGAAAACCGGAAAGCUGCAACUGAGCAUGCCGCUGCUGCGGAGCCUGCAGCAAGUCUUGGAUGAGGGCGUGUGGCGGCACGCGAUGUCGGCGGAGGGUGCGGUGGAAGCGGAGGCGGCGGGCGGGUUUGCGCAGGCGGCAGGCCGUGCCGGCGCAGCGCCCCCAGGGGUGGCGGUGCCGCUGCAGGAACAGAUUCGAUGGCUGCAGGGGCUGGGGCGGACAGUGGCUUCGGAGCUGCCGCGACAGCAGACUUUCAUGUGGUGAGACGGCUGUGGAUGCUGUGGUGUGGUGGUCAUGGGCCCGUGGCUGUGGGGUGGCAAAGUGUGUUGACAUAGUGUCAGAAUAGUAGAAGGGAAAGGGUCAUAGUGUCAGAGUGCGUUGAUGACUUGAUAUACCGUACCGCCAGAUAUGUCAAUUGUUGGCAUGGAUGGAGCGGUUUGCUGAGGUGCGUGCGCGGGGCGAUUAAUGAGCCCCGGGGGAGCUGUGCAGGCGCCUUGGCAGGCCCGUGAUGAGCUCUUGGUGCCGGCAGAUGCACGCAGCAUUACAGAGAUGGGACAAGCAAGGGCAUGGAGUUGAAUCCAUUGCAGGAUGAUGCGGGGCCCCAACACCACGGUUGCACAGUACCGGUAUGUGACUGUUGGCGCCGGCACAUUGUAGGAGGCCGGUUUGGGGGCCUGUGAGGAUGGCCGAUGUCACAGCCGACGUCAGUCUGGUGUUCGAAACCGUCGGCUGUGACGCGCUGGCCGCUGAUGUGUUUGAGUAGGCCAAGAGGUGCUUCCUGACUCCAGAGGGCACCACCAUGGGGCGUUCGCUAGUUGCUGAUGAGAGUGUGGGACAUACUUGUUUUACAAAUGGUGUACGAUGUCCCGUAGUUUGAGGUUUGGGGGUGAUACCAUCGAGGCCUUGGGAUCCGCCUUGGCACGCCAGUCUACCGUACUGACAACACUCAAACGAUUU